UCUGUAAAUGUAGUUUUCAAACAAUCCCAACAAAACAUCAUCGACCUUGACCCCACACGUCAAGCAUGGUAACGAACGAGGCUUGCCUGAUAUUGUCCCUCAAAAACUGGAGAACGUCUACGUUACAAAAUUUAUGCAGAGUAAAAUCAGACUGGCCAUACAUUGAUUCAAUGGAAACGGGGUUUUACACAAGUAGGACAGGUGAAAAAGUUCUCACCACCCUUUUCCAACUUGUAAGCAAGGGAAAUGGAAGCCUUGUUGUUUAUAGUAGAAACACGUGAGUGAACCUCGGGCGUUCACUAUAUAAUGCAGGUACCCAUGGAGUUAUCACUGCUUGAAAGCACUUCAACUUUGAUUGGGAGCUUUUUCAUCUUUCUUCCCAACUUUCUGUUUCCGCCAUUUUGCCUUGUGCUGGUGGAAUUCAAUUGGGAAGAUGAAGGUGAAAGCUUUAAGCACCUUCCGAAGGACUAUUACCCAUUUGCUGAGACUGGUCAUGUUCAUACUUUUUGUUGGAUGGAUGGUUAUCUGGUUUCUGAGACCAACGAAGUUUUGGGAGAGGUCUUGGGCGACUUUCAUGAGCAAAACAAGUACAUCCUAUUUUGGAGUGGUUGGUCCAAUCAACAUUCUGCUUUCAGCUCCUAUAUUUUUGGUAGCUAUUUUGGGGUCCAUCUACCUCCACAUAUCCAGAAACCAGCAAACUAUUAAGCCAAAAAGCAAGAAACGGGCAGUGAGCCUAUGGACAUAUCCAAUCAUCACAGGAGGACCUCUUGGAACUGUUACUGGUGGAGAACUCGUUAUUCUAAUUAUCUUUCUAGGUUUACUGGUGUGGAGCUUGUACUUUUAUAUUGUAAAUGGUCUGGAUGGAGUUAAUCAAAGCGAGGUACCACCAGGGGUCAAACUGUGGGAAAUACAGUGCGCUAUUAUUUCAGCUCGUCUUGGAUUAGUUGGAACCCUAUGUCUAGCUUUCCUCUUCUUCCCAGUUACUCGUGGAUCUGUCCUGUUGCAACUUCUCAACACUUCAUUUGAACUUUCAGUGAAGUAUCACAUCUGGAUAGCUCAUGUGACAAUGGUGAUCUUUACGGCUCAUGGGGUUUCCUAUUUAUUGAUAUGGGGAGCCACACAUGAACUUCCUGGCAAGAUGUUUUCCUGGGUUAAAAUAGGAUAUUCAAAUAUAGCUGGAGAGAUUGCUUUGUUGGCAGGCCUGAUAAUUUGGUUGACAUCAAUAAAACCCAUCAGACAACGUUUCUUUGAAGUAUUUUACUACACUCACCACCUGUAUUUGAUAUUCAUUGUCUUCUUUGCACUGCACGUUGGAGACAUGGUACUCUCUCUUGCGCUACCUGGAAUUUUCCUUUUUUUUCUUGAUCGUUACCUCCGGUUCCUCCAGUCACAGAAAACUGUACAUGUUAUAUCUGCCAGAAAACUGCCUUCAAACAUAGUGCAACUGGUUAUUGCAAAGCAUCCAAGUCUGGUGUACAACCCUGCGAGUGUUAUUUUUUUGAACCUUCCUUUUAUAUCACGUUCAGAAUGGCACCCUUUCAGCAUUGUUUCUACUUCAAGCAUUGACUCUGACCGAUUGUCUAUACUAAUCAAGUGCCAACAAGGAUGGACCAAAAAGCUUGACAACUGUAUAAGCUCACUGGAGAGACCUUCGCAUCUUCAAGCAGCUAUUGAAGGUCCUUAUGGUCCAGCUUCCAGUGACUUCUUAAGGUAUGAAGCAUUGAUAUUAAUUGGUGGAGGGAGCGGAAUAGCCCCACUGUUGAGCAUUUUAUCAGAAACAUUGCAUCAGCAUCACAUUAACAAUGGAAACCAUGUUCCCAGGGAAGUCCUACUCAUAUACUCAGUUAAAAAAACUGAAGAACUGUGUGUCUUAAAUCUAAUAUCUCCCUCAACUAUCUGUCCAAAUUAUUCUGGGCUGUUGAAAUUAGAGGUGCAAGCAUAUGUAACUCAGGAAGAAACCCCAGAUACUGAAAUGGGAAAACUAGAUAUGGAGGGAACACCUUCACCCACCGAAAACAAUGACCACAUCAAAGAAGAAAAAAUCUCCGAGGCAGAUAGAUGUAUGGGUUCUGUGCGUUCUAUAACAAGCACAAACAAUACUAUAUGGCAGGCAGCAAUAAUUGCUUCUGCAUUGGUAGGAUAUCUUAUAUUGAGCAUCCUACUAAAUCAGUUCUAUAUAUAUCCAAUGGAUUACAACACUUACACUGUGUUCCCAUGGUGGGCCAGAGGACUUAUGACAUUUCUUUGCAUGAGUUUGGGGAUUGUGAUCUUUGGAGGCUUAGUUUAUAUGAUCUGGGAAAGAGAUCAAACCAAGAAAUUCCACAAGUCGACAGAGGAAAUGUAUGAGAUGCAGACUAGUGGCGAUGUAGGGGAACAGCAAAUCGACACCAUUUUAAGUGGAUGUAGCAUCCAUUAUCAACAACGGCCUAAUCUUCGAGACCUCAUUGGAAAAUUUGGUCUGAAAAUGGAGGGAAGAACUGUGGGUGUGAUAGUGUGUGGACCAGAAAGUAUGCAGGAGAGUGUAGCAUCAGCCUGCAGGCGUCACAACUCCUUACCGGGUUUCAAAUCCUCUGCUGCACUGGAUUUUCACUCCAUCAGUUACACUCUCUAGUCAAGUCUUCCCACAAGAUUUGAAAUUCUUCAUGCUUUUCCUUCUAAAGUGCGCCACAUUGCAUGCAAGAAAAGAUUGUACUUUAAGCAUUCAGCAUACUUCAUGAAUUUGCUUAUAUUCAUAGACCCCGUAGAAUAUUGUUCUUCUCUUUACCAAAUUGUGUAGUUUGCCUGAGCACUUUGUAAUUAAUCUGUAAAGAAAUUAAUAAGAUUGAUAUAGUUUGAGCCAUU